AUGUCGCUUGCGGAAGCGUCUGAAUCUCGCAAAACUCGCUUGAUUGCCCUGCGGAGGCGGAAGGAAGGCGAGGCAGUGGACGCGAAUACCGAAUCCGCUGAGCCCAUCAUCAAGAACCGCACCUUCGACCCGGAGAGACGUACAUUAAAGAAACAUGCACGCACAGACGACGUGGAGAUGGAGGACACAGUAGAAAAAAAUGUUGAAGGUCUGGCGGAAACUAUCAUAGCAGAAGACGCGGAACGGAGAGCCCAGGAUCUGGAUUUGUUUAACAUUGCACCUAAAAGGCCGAAUUGGGACCUGAAACGGGAGAUGGAAAAGAAGCUGGCGAAACUAGACAGAAAAACCCAGGAGGCUAUUCACACACUCAUUCGCCAGAGAUUAGCCUCACAGAAGGGACAGUCGGACGAUCUGGUUGGUGCUAUGAAUGCAGAAGAGAGAGCAGGACGGAUGGAGGAUGCUCUGUCAGACGAGGACGACUGA